AUGGUUGAAAGGGAUAAAAGGGAGAGUAAAAAUUUAACAGAAAAGGAUGUGCAAAGGCUUGCCGCUUGCAAGCAUAAAGGCAGUUUAAAAGGUUAUAAUGUGGAUCUGAGUGUGGCCAAUGUUUAUGCUCCGCAAAGCAUCAGUGCCAAAUUGGAGUUAUGGAACGACUUACAAGCUGAAUUCGUGAAUGCUGCUGGCUUUGGGCUUUUAGCGGGGGAUUUCAACUCUGUUAGAUAUAGCGAAGAAAGGAGAAAUAGUGCAUUUAAACCUGGGUGUGCUAGGAAUUUUAAUAAUUUUAUUCAUAAUCUCGGCCUGCUGGAAUAUAAUUUAGUUGGUAAUCAGUUUUCUUGUGUCAGAGACAACGGCAGAAAACUUAGUAAAAUUGAUAGAUUUCUGGUCUGCCCGAAUUUCUUUAACAAGUGGCCAGAGGCUAGUGUUAGGGUGCUACACAACCUUUAUUCGGAUCAUAGGCCGCUUGUUCUUUCAACCAAUUUGGAGAAUUUCGGCCAUAAACCCUUUAGAUUUUUUAAUUCUUGGCUGGGUAAGGAUGGGUUGGAGGAGGUUGUGAAGUCGGCUGCUGAGUCAUUCUCAUUUUCUGGUGAUCCGGAUCUGUUUCUUUCGAAAAAAUUAGCUUUUAUUCGCUCAAAGAUAAAGAACUGGAGAGACGAGAUGGUUAAAAAGGAAGGUGAGGAAGAAAGAUCGGCUAGAGCUGACUUGGAAAGAUUAGAAGAAAUAAUGGAGUCUAAGGAUCUUUCGGAAGAUGAGGAAUGGACGUAUGCGGAAUGCAACAAAAUUCUAAAAGAUUUGAGCUCUAAGAGAGGUGAAGACCUUAAGCAAAGAUCGAGGAUCAAGUGGGCCAUCGACGGAGACGAAAAUUCAAAUUCUUUCAUGGGGUUGUUGGAAUUCUUCUACAAGGAAGGUAGGCUGAAUGUGGGCUGCAAUUCGUCUUUUAUAACGUUAGUGCCGAAGAUAAAAGACCCGGUAGAUUUAAACAAUUAUAGACCGAUAAACUUGGUUGGAGUGAUUAGUAAGGUGGUCUCAAAGAUAUUAGCAAACAGGUUGAAGACAGUCAUUGGUAAAGUGGUGUCGAACUCUCAGUCGGCUUUUAUCAAAGGUAAGUACAUCCUUGAUGGGCCGUUAAUUGUUAACGAGAUUAUUGCUUGGUGCAAAAGGAAUAAGAAAAAAAUGUUCUUGUUGAAAAUUGAUUUCGAAAAGGCGUAUGACAACGUGAACGGGCACUUUGUCAUCGAUAUUAUGCUUCAAAUAGGGUUCCCAGAUUUGUGGUGCAAGUGGUUAUGGGGAAUCCACAGUUCCGCGAGGUCCUCUGUGUUGGUGAACGGGUCUCCUACGUUCGAAUUCAAGUGCGAAAAAGGGAUGAGGCAAUGUGAUCCGAUUUCUCCGUUCAUUUUUUUACUUGUCAUGGAAGCUUUGUCGUGUUUGAUGGAUAAAGCUUUAGAAGAAGGCAUCUUCCAAGGUAUCAAAAUCCCGAACGGUGGUCCCUGUAAUUCCCAUCUUUUGUAUGCGGAUGACGCCUUAAUUCUGGGAGAUUGGUCAUCAGAAAACGUUAAGAAUGUUGUUAAAAUUCUUCGUAUUUUCUACUUAUGCUCAGGUCUCAAAAUUAAUCUUUCGAAGUCGAAUUUGUAUGCUAUUGGGGUUGAAGGGAGAGAGGUGGAGGAUCAAGCGUCUUUGGUUGGGUGCAAAGCGGAUAAUUUCCUGUUCCGGUAUUUGGGAAUUAUGGUGGGAGCCAACAUGAGUAACAUUAACAACUGGAACCGGUGUAUGACGUUUUCAAAGCUAGGUUAUCGAAAUGGAAGGCCGAAUCCCUCUCAAUCGGUGGUAGGCUUGUGCUCAUUAAGUCUGUUCUUGAAAGCCUCCCUACCUAUUAUUUCUCGAUCUAUAAAGCUCCGGUUAAAGUUAUUAAGGACCUCGAAGGUCUCGGUUCCUAAAGACUUUGGUGGGAUAGGGCUGUGCAAACUUAGAGACAUUAAUUUGGCUCUUCUGUCCAAGUGGUGCUGGCGGUUUGAGGUGGAGCAGAACUUCCUUUGGUGCAAAGUGGUUAAUGCUAUACACUGUAAUCCUUGGAAUUGGGACUUCUUGCCGUUUAAAAAAAAUAUGGGAGGUCCUUGGAAUAAAUUAGUCAAAUGGGUCGCCAGAACGAUGGUUGAUGGUAUUCCGUUGAGAAGCUUUUUUAGAGGUGUCCCAGGCAAAGGAGACAAUAUUGCUUUCUGGCUCGAUCCGUGGGUCUCCUGUGACCCUCUUAAAGACAUGUUCCCUAAUUUAUUUCAUCUGGAGACUAACAGAAAGGUUAAAAUCAGCGAGCGUAUCAUGAUUGGCAGCGAUUGUAGUAGGUUUUUUUGGCAGUGGAAAAGGCCACUUGAAUCGGUUUCGGAGCUGGAUGAUUUGUCUAAGUUGUCUGCUCUGCUGGAUAAUUUUCAUGUUUCUGAUAGCGCGGAUAAGUGGGCCUGGAUCGGGAACGGAUUAGAAGACUUUAGUGUCGGAGGGGUGAAAAAGGCUCUAGUCAAGGGAAAUUGUCCGGUGACUCACUCUAACUUCUCGUGGUGUAAGUGGCUGCCAGCUAAGUGUAAUGUUUUUGCGUGGCGGGCGGACUUAGGUAGAAUCCCCACGGUGGACGCUCUCCGUAUUAGAAACGUCAAUAUUUCUGAAUCGGGUUGUGGGUUUUGCAACGAAGGAGAAGACUCGGUUUCACACCUUUUUACAGAAUGUUAUGUUGCAAAUGUGAUUUGGAAUUCGAUAAGCAGGUGGUGCAAGGUACGACAGAUCUACGUGUUCUCGUUCCAAGACCUUUUGAAGGCUCACGACUUCUGUGGCUUAAAGGAUCCGGAAAAAAACUUUUUUUACGGCGUUAUUAUCAUUGCGUGUUGGUGCAUAUGGAAGGCUAGAAAUGAAGCUAGAUUCAGAAACAGGAGAUUCCGAAUUGAGAAGAUUUUAAGCGAUGUGAAGUCUUAUGGGUUUUUGUGGGCCAGGAAUAGAUCUAAGUAUAAAAAUUUAUCGUGGGAAAAUUGGUGUAAAUUUGUAAAUAUGUAA